AUGUGGUGUGAGAGAGACUUCCAAGCCGCAGAUCCUCUACGUCCGCCAGCUGCGAGUGAGACACGCAGAAACAGAAGAGGCAAGUCUACCAUCCCCAUCGCUCACGGGCGCUGCACCAACCGGCCUUCAGCCAUAUCGAGCCAAAAGAGAGACGAUACUCGCCACAACCAAGUCUCAACUGGCACCAGGAUGCCACGGCGCCCAUCAAUUGAUCUCGCAUUACCUGAGCGCAUGGGGUUUCCUGCAACCGACCCGAUCCCAUUUAACACGCGCGACAAGAAAGGCAAACGGCCUGCAGAUGCACCCCCACCUUGCCCAUCACCAAGAAAACGACCAAAUUCUUUGAGAAGAAGAUCCCGAAAGCCCUCGGGCGGCGCUGGAUCAUCAAGAGUCCAUGGUGGAGGGGACCGCCAAGAUGACGAGGAUGAAGGUGAUGAGAGCGAGGGGCCGGGCGAUGAUCCUACUGCAAGCCCGGGCGGCGACCGCUACUGGGCGUGCCCUUUCUAUAAGUGGAAGCCGUAUAAGUAUUACCGAUGUCACGGUAAAUACGAGCUCCGCCGCCCGGGAGACGUGAAGCUCCAUAUGCUCAGAUGUCACUCCUUGCAGCAGUAUUACUGCCAGAACUGCUGGGAGGAUUGGAGGGACUUGGAAUCAUGGGAAGCUCAUCACCGGCCACCGGGGGGUUGCAUCACCACGCCAAGACCAGAUGAGCUGGCCCCAAGGGAAGCUGCGCUCCUCAAAACAAUGCCUCGCGGCUUGAAGGAACUGGAUAAAUGGUACUGGAUGUGGGACACUCUUUUCCCCGGCCAUCAGCCCCCUGACUCACCUUACGUGGUGGAGGGUAUUGGCGAGCCUGCGACUGUGAUCUACCGCGACGUUCAGCUGGCACUCGAGCGGGAGCUUCCGCGAACUAUUCAGGAAACCCUCUCCAUCUCCAUGAGUUCUUCUGAGGCGGCAUUGGUUGCAGGCCGCAUCUUUUCCUUGGUGUCGACUGCGCCUCAAAAUGAGCCCCUCGGUCCAAGAACACGGGUAGCUUCCGAGGAUGUCAAUGUCCAUGAGAGAAUCCCAAGCGCACGAUCGCAUGCCGCUACGAGCCACUCGACCCGUAGGUUGGGAAAUAUGGCGAUACCGCUCCAAUACCUGGAGUAUCACGCCCAAGAUCAGAUCGACUAUGAGCAAAAUGCUGGCCCCAGCAAUCCGCAACACUUUCACGACGUCCCGCAAGUUACCGUCGACGCUCCCACGGAGCCUGUCGAGGACUUCAGCACCUAUGAAUACUCACAAGCCGGAAGCUAUGAUGUUCAUGAACGGUACUAUUUAAACUCUUUGGGGCUUGAGGAUAUGAGCUUUGCAACUUCGCCCGUCUCGGACCAAAACACAUUCUUCCCAGAGAGGUUUGAUGCUCGGGCGGGAUCUGAGGGGGGCGGAAGCUUGAUGCAGAGGAUGGAGAUGAGGCCUCCCACCGACAAUGGAGAGCCACCUUUUGGAUCUUGGCAGGAUGACGGUGGAAUGAUGCCUGGACAUGCUUGUUUUUGUGGCACAGGGAUGCCAUGUGACUGUUUUUAUAGAUAUCACUGA